AUGGGUGGACCCUACGCUUCUCAAACCGCCCAAGUCGGCGGCCUACCCACCAUCCCCGUCGACGUGCCCGUAUGCUCCGUCUUCCUGGUCCUAUUCCUCGUCGCCGCCAUCGCACACAUGACCCUGUUCCAGCGCAACCUCAAACGGAACCACAAGUUUAUCCCCUCAGCUGCAACCUUCGGCUUGUGCAUGUCGCGGCUCAUCGCCAACGCCAUUCGCAUCGCCUGGGCCUGUCACCCGACCAACGUGCGCCUCGCCAUCGCUGCACAAAUCUUUGUCGCCGCCGGCGUCGUCAUACUGUUUAUCCUGAACCUGUUGUAUGCACAACGCAUACUGCGCGCUGCGUUUCCGCGCCUGGGCUGGUCGCAGCCCGUGUCCCUUGCCUUCAAGGCUCUCUACUUCGUUGUCGUCUUGUCUAUCAUCAUGGUCAUCACUGUUACCAUCCAGUCGGUCUAUACUCUCAACAGCAAUACCCACCGCAUCGACCGCGCUGUCCAGCUAUACGGCUCGACGUAUUUCGCCAUCGUCUCGUUCCUCCCGUUGCCCAUUGUCCUCGGUGUUCUACUCUUCUCGCAUGGAAAGAAACCAGUCGAUCCCUUUGGUACGGGGUCGUGGUAUGCAAAAGCGUCCAUUAUCAUUGUCGUCGCCGUGCUGCUGUGUCUCGGUGCCUCGUUUCGCGCUGGCACGAGCUGGAUGACGCCGCGACCACUCUCCAACCCGGCUUGGUACCACCACAAGGCCUGUUUCUAUGUUUUUGACUUUGGGAUUGAUCUUUCUGUCGCGGCUAUCUUCUUUGUGGCUCGUGUUGAUCGCCUGUUCUAUAUUCCUGAUGGGAGCUCCAAGGUGCACCAUUAUGGCGGUGUGAUUAGUACGAUCAGUGAGGACAAGGGUGCUUGUGGUGCUACUCCGAGUCCGAAGAGCAGUGAGAUUCGGGCUGGUCGUGAUCUUGAGGGUGGCGAUGUCCCUCGGGGCUCUCUUUCUGUAUUAUAG